UGUUAUAUUAUACAUUUUCUCUCUCAAACUCAAACACCAUUCUCUUUCUCUUUCUCAUAACCUCUCCCCCUAUAUAUUUCUCUUCCUUUUAUUUCUCUCUAGAGCAGAGAUAUUUUGUUCCUCAAUCCCUUCAUGGUUCAACCUUGAAUCUUAACCCACAUCACCAUUUUUCCUCAAUAAAAAUGGCCGUCACCACUACCUUUCUCAGCGCUACAGAAAAAAAACACUGGUGGCUCACAAACCGUAAGAUUGCUGAGAAAUACAUCAAAGACGCUCGUAGCCUGAUAGCAACACAAGAACGCAACGAGAUUGUUUCAGCUCUGAGUCUUCUAGACGCUGCUCUUGCAAUCUCACCACGUUUAGACCAAGCCCUUGAACUUAAAGCGAGGUCUUUACUCUAUUUAAGAAGAUUCAAAGAUGUAGCAACUAUGCUUCAAGAUUACAUUCCAAGUCUAAAAAUUGCAAACGAAGAUUCAUUAAGCUCCGUUUCUUCAGAUAGUUCAUCUCAACAUCUUUCAAGAGAAGGCGUUAAGUUACUUUCUUCGUCGGAUUCCUCUGUUCAAGAUCAGAGUUUUAAGUGCUUCUCUGUCUCUGAUUUAAAGAAAAGAGUUAUGGCUGGUCUCUCUAAAAGUUGUGAUAAUGAAGGUUAUUGGAGAUAUUUGGUUUUGGGGAAAGCAUGUUGCCACUUAGGUUUAAUGGAAGACGCAAUGGUUCUUCUCCAAACGGGAAAACGACUUGCAAGCGCUGCGUUUCGACGCGAAAGUGUUUGUUGGACAGACGACAGUUUCUCUUUAUGGAAAACACCUUUCUCCGGCGACGAUGUUUCAAAACCACCGGGAACCACUCCACCGAAAAGCCCUCUCUCAGAAUCCGAAACCGUUAACCAACUUCUCGCACACAUAAAAUUCCUCCUCCGUCGACGCACCGCCGCAAUCGCCGCCAUGGACGCCGGACUCCACACAGAAGCAAUCCGUCACUUCUCGAAAAUCGUCGACGGGCGCCGUGCCGCUCCGCAAGGAUUUCUCGCUGAAUGUUACAUGUAUAGAGCCUCUGCUUUUCGUUCAGCAGGUAGAAUCGCUGAUUCAAUUGCCGAUUGUAAUAGAACACUUUCACUGGACCCUACUUGCAUCCAAGCUCUUGAAGCUAGAGCCUCAAUUUUAGAAACAAUUCGUUGCUACCAAGAUUCUCUUCAUGAUCUCGAACACUUAAAGCUUCUAUACAACACAAUUCUUCGAGAUCGUAAACUAGCUGGUCCUCUAUGGAAGCGUCACAAUGUUCGUUAUAAUGAAAUUCCUGGGAAACUAUGCACUCUUACAGCGAAAAUUCAACAACUGAAACAGAAAAUGGCGAAUGGUGAAACGAAGAAUGUUGAUUACUAUGCUUUGAUUGGGUUGAGACGUGGUUGUGGUAAAUCAGAAUUGCAACGGGCUCAUCUUUUGCUUUGUUUGAAACAUAAACCAGAGAAAACCACGUGCUUCAUCGAACGGUGUGAAUUUGGUGAUGAACGUGAUAUUGAGUUAGUUAAAGAUAGAGCGAGGAUGUCUGCUAUGUUGUUGUAUAGGUUGCUUCAGAAAGGUUAUUCAAAUGUUAUGAAUUGUAUUGUGGAAGAAGAGACUGCUGAGAAACAGAGGAAGAUGAAUUUACAAUUGCAACAACAACAACAAAAAAGUGUUGCAAAUGGACAUGUUAGUGUUAAUAAUAACAAUAACAAUAACAACACUCGUUCGGUUGUUGUUGUUCAAGUGCAACAGAAUGCAAGAGAUGAAAAAAGUAAGAAGAAAUUGGAUGAAUUGGAAAUGGGAGAUAAGUUUGCUAUGUCUUCACCAAGCAUUGCGAAUCCAACGGUGUUUCAAGGGGUGUUUUGCCGUGAUCUAACGGUGGUAGGGAACUUGCUUUCGCAAAGGUUUAGUAAUAGGUCAAUUCCAGUCAAGUACGAGGGGCUUAGUUGCUAAAUUCAUUGGUUGGGGGAAACUUGGGAUCUUUUGUUUUUUACCGGCGGGAAAUAUCUUAUUAUUGGUCACUUAUUGUACAAAUGGAUAAAUUAAUUUUUGAACUGCCGGGGAAAUUAAUUAAUUUUGUUUUAUAA